UACACGAGCAUCCUCUAUUCUACACACGCGCCCACAUCAUACAGUCAAUGGAUUACACUUUCUCUCUCCAAGUGCAACACCAUCUGACCGUAUACCCGUCACACUUAUACGAGGACUACAGCUUAGAGUUACAGAUGAAGUCAACAGAGGUGGAUCAAGGCCUUUUCACAGACAGUUACUGCAAAGUGUGCAGCGCUCAGCUCAUCUCAGAUUCACAGAGAGUGGCACAUUAUGAGAGCCGGAAACAUGCAAACAAAGUGCGUCUUUAUUACAUGUUGCAUCCAGUAGAUGGGGGAUGUCCAGCUAAGAAGCUCAGAACAGAUGACGGGAGUGAGGAGGGAGAUGUGGAUAAGAACAAGUGCUGUACACUGUGUAACAUGUCCUUUACUUCAGCGGUGGUAGCGCAGUCUCAUUACCAAGGCAAGAUCCAUGCUAAGAGGCUCAAACUUCUGCUGGGGGAACAGCCUGCCAUAACAGCCAAAGAGGUGACACCUAGUCCAGUGAAAACACCCUCCUCAGAAACCUCACCUAUGAGCUCGACCCGUCAGCACCGGGAUUCUGAUCGCUACUGUCAGCUGUGCAAUGCUUGGUUCAACAAUCCUGGAAUGGCACAGCAACACUACGAUGGCAAGAAGCACAAGAAAAAUGCAGCACGCGCAGAUCUACUGGAACAACUAGGGAAGACUUUAGACAUGGGAGAGAUGAAAGGUACAGACUUAAACUCUCUGUUAAUGGCUGUUUAUGGCUGCAUGAUUAAUUUGGCUGUUAGUUCAUUAGAUGAUGAAGCACUGAACUGAAUGAUAAAAGAUUUGUAUUGCUUUACUGUCCUGCAGGUCUUUGAUGGAAAUGAGAAUGUUGAUUAUAUUGGCCAGUGCAACUGCCUAGAAAUGACUUGGUUAUGCAAAAUUACAUACUGUGUCAUAUAAUUAAGUUUGAAAUGACUAGGUGUGAUGCCAUUAAAUGAUAAUUGAGGUUUACAGAGAAAUGGUUUGAA